AUGUGUAGGCGUAGUGUCGGAGUUGUAGUGUGUCUUAUUUUUAGUGACGUUGGAGUCACCGGCCUUUUGUACCCACAGGUAAAGAAUGACGCUAAAGUGGAUUAAAAUAUGACGAUUUUUUAGCAGAACUCGGUGAGAGGACUUGAUUCUUUGGAUGGCCUUUGGGACUUUGUUCGUGAGCCGACAUUUGCAACCGACCUUGGCUUGAAAAACAGGUGGUAUCUAAAGGUACUCAGCAGCUUCGAAAACGCAACAAAGGUUCCUGUUCCCACAGCAUACAACGAUUUGUUUGCCCAUAGAGAAGUCCGCGAUCACAUUGGAUGGGUUUGGUACCAAAAAGUUUAUCAAACGCCACAUUCAAGGAGCCAAAAACGUUUAAUAUUAAGAUUUGGAAGUGUAAAUUACAAUUCCAAUGUGGUAGGUUGUCUGAUCUAGCCGGUUUCCUCACCCGACGUUUAUUCUCUCAUCCUUGGUGUGGAAUUGACAAGAAGUUUCAGUACAUCAACGGCAUCCUAUUAAGCACACACACUGGCGGCCAUUUGCCAUUUGAGGUCGAGAUGCCUAAGGCGGAUGAGUAUAUAAUAACGGUUGCAGUGAAUAAUACUCUUCACACGGGUUCAGUCCCCCCAGGCGCAUAUGAAUACGUGCCGAUGAAAAAUGUUUCGUUCAUCUGGCAAAAGCCUGGAUUCGAUUUUUUCAAUUAUGCUGGUAUUCUACGGCCGGUGGUGGUACAAGUUCUUGGAGUUGCGUACUUGGAAAGGCUAAGGUUGUGGAGCGAAAAACCAAGUAUGCGAUGUAGUUUGCCUAUGCAAAUAACAUGUUUAACACACGAUGAAGCUUUUUCAGACAUUCUAAAGUAUGACUUGAAAGUCAAUGGCAAAGCCGAUGUAAAAAUUUUGCUCACGCUAUUCGAUCCAUUGGGCCAAAAAAUUGAAUCAGUCACUUAUCCCGCCAAAUUUACAGCCGUAGAUGAUGUGCAAUUAUGGUGGCCGCGAGGAUAUGGAAAGGCAAAUUUGUAUAGAGUCAAGGUAUUUUAGGCAUAUUCGAAGUAUAUUUUAAAUGCCGGUUUCAGGUUCAGUUAUAUUGGAAUGAAACGAUCGUCGAUGAAUAUACCGAAACUUUUGGAUUUCGCUUCCUGGAGUUCAAGGAAAAGAAGUUGCAUGUGAAUGGUGUACCAUUUUAUUGUAUGGGAUUUGGAAUGCAUGAAGAUUUUGAGGUACCCAUAUCCGAAAUGCAAAGACAAAACUUUUAGCUCCAUGGAAGAGGUUUUAAUCCGGUGGUUAUGACAAAAGAUCUCAAUAUGUUCGAGUGGACAAAUGCAAACUGUUAUCGCACAUCGCACUAUCCGUAUAGCGAAGAACGAGCCUACGAAGCCGACCGGAGAGGAAUUAUGGUGAUCACGGAGACACCGGCUGUCGGCUUGGAGUAAGGCUUAAUCAUUCUGGACCAACAUCCUUCUCAAUUGCAGGUUCUACACAAACGAAGUACUGUUGCUUCAUAAGAAAAUGAUUAAGGAUAUGAUUGAGCGUGAUUUCAAUCAUCCUUCAGUCUUUGCAUGGUCGCUGGCUAACGAACCUUGGACUGAGAAGCCUAACUGCCGGGAACACUUUCAAGAAGUCGCAAAAUACGCAAAGAACGAAGAUCCAACUCGCCCAAUUACGGUAGUUUAUGGACCGACAAACCCGAACGAUGAUUCGACGAAAACAGCCGAGUUUGCUGAUUUUAUUGGAAUCAAUUUCUACCCCGGUUGGUAUCAAGACAUGGGGCACCCCGAAGUGAUUCCAGAAAGGACGUACGAUCUGAUCCUCACGUGGAACAAGCAUUUUCCAAACAAACCCGUUUUAAUCACAGAAUACGGCGGAGAAGCCUUGCCGGGAAUGUACAGCGAACCAGGCUUUGCCGGAUCGGAGCAAUAUCAAAUGGAGUUGAUUCGAGGGAACUUCGAAGCCUUUGAGCAGCUCCGAGGAGAGGGUCGGAUUUUUGGCGAGAUGCUUUGGAAUUUCGCCGACUUUAUGACAGCACCACGUAAGUUUGGAAAUAUUCCUCAAAAUCGGUAAAUACUUCCAUUUUUUGUGCGCUUUUUAGAUAUUACUCGACUGAUGGGAAACCACAAGGGAGUCUUUACGAGAGAACGGCAACCAAAGAUGGCGGCGUACUUGAUGAAGGAAAGAUACGGGAAGUUUAGAACGAUAUAUGAAGAAAAAUUAAAGAUCAAUAAAAUGUAG